UUAGACUGAACAGUGUGAGAGAUCAUAAAUCAGCAGUAGCAACGGCAGAUCCUGUGCAAAUGAAUACUCAUACAACUACUACCCGUGUAUCUCCGCUAACAACUCAUCCACUUGACAAAAGGGGUCUCAAAGAAAGUCCUGCAUACGAUUAUGACGAGUUUCUAAAUGAGUAUUAUGAAGAGACUCUAUAUGAAGACAGGCUUAAUGAGACAUAUCAUCCUAUAGCAGAACUAUUUAUUUUUUCAGUACAACCGUCUCCCUACUUGCAUUUGUUAAAGAAGCUCGUAUCGAUGGACAUUGCCAGCAGUCCUAGAGACGCCAACGGUGUGGGCUUGAAGGCCGUGCACCGUCUGUUUGUUGACUACAAGAACCAGCAGUGCCCUAACAAAGAGCUCUCCGACAGGCUGUGGAAGAUGCUCAAGAUAUGGUUCUUUAUAUACUUGGUUGUGGCUGUACCUGUGUGGAGCACUACAGGUUGGUGUUGUUGCUGUUUAUGCUGCAAGUUCUUUAAACCCCAGAAAACCAUUGAAGAGGCUAAGCUAUAUCUCAUUCAGAACCCACCAGGAAUCCUAAAAACCCGUAAAGGGCAAACCUUAUAUGAGCCUACCGAUAACGAGAGAGAGUGUUAUGCAGAGUUUGAACAUUUGAUAAGCAUUAUAUGA